CUUUCACUUUCACUUAGCUUUUUUUUCCCCCAAAAGCCAAAAUCUGACUUAGGUUUUUUACUUGGUUUUUUCCCCAAAAUUUGUUUCCCUCUCUGUAAGCCGUCACUCUUCUUCUCUCUUUAUCUCCAUCCAUACCGGCCAUCCUCACCAGCCACCGCCGCCGACUACCACCAUCUUCGGCAAAUCCAACGGCCCAGAACAUACGAUGAGAAUAGUACCCGUCAAUGACCAAUGGCUGCAUCAUCAUCAUCUUUGGUGAGCAUAGAAGCCUCCUUUUUUGAAAACCUCAAAGGCUUUAUUCUUGCUGUUGUUUCCAGUGCUUUUAUUGGCUCCAGCUUCAUUGUCAAGAAGUUGGGUCUCAAACGGGCUGGUGCAUCUGGGACUCAAGCUAGUUCUGGUGGAUACGGAUAUCUUAAGGAGCCACUAUGGUGGAUUGGCAUGAUCACAAGUGCAUCGCAGGGGUUAGUGACUACUAUCAAGCUCCUCCACAGCCCGUUUACUGUUCCAGUCAAGCCAUGGAUUCAUUCCUUAGACUAGAACAGAAGAAGCUAUAGCUACCACCAACAACCAAGUAAAAGAAAGUUGGCAUUCAAAGUGAUUUAAGGCUGUACCAAGGUCUGUUUUGCUGAGUAUGUUUGUUAAGGAAACUGAACUCUUUGUUGCAGUUUUUUUAUAUGCAUUUUUUCAAGUAAUGAAAUGGGCUUAACAUAAGUGUGAAUUUUUUUGAUUUUGGAUAAGUAGCAUAAUGGAGGUUGUGGAUUGGGAAAAUUCUUUGGGAGGAUCAAGUGAUACUGAGGCCUAUUUGCAAGAUAUAAAAUAUGAGGAUGAUGAGGAACUCCAUUUUACAUCUGGGUUUAUAUUGCAGUUUAGGUUGGAUAAGCUUAUAUUAGAGGCUAUUACCAUUUUGAAGGAGCCAAGGGGUUCUGACAGGGCUACAAUUGCUUUGUACAUAGAGAUACCCAUUCCGAUUUUGCUUGAUGAGUACCCUCCACUUCUUGGUUGGCUUCUUGUCGGAGGAGACCCUUGUGGGGAUAAGUGGCAAGGUGUUGAAUGUGUCUUCUUAAACAUAACAGAAUUACGGCUUAGUGGCACAAAUUUGGGAGGAAAGUUGGGUGAUAGUUUGGAGCUAUCUUGGCAAAGGUACUAGUGCACUAAAGCAUGAAGAGAAGGGCAAAUGGAUUAAGACAAAAUUUUGUGCAACUGGCUUUAGUAGAGUAAGUAUUCUAUAUUGAAUAUUUGUAAACUUGUUUAACCAAAAAGUUGGCAUCAUACAAUUUUUGAGGGGCAAAGGUUUCAAUGACAUUUGUGGUAGUGGGGAGAGCUCAUCUACUAACUAGAACACACUUUGGUUAGUGUUUUAUUUUCCUGCCUAAUAAGCAAGGUUUAUUAACUUCUCAUUGUCUUGGAUAUUUGUGGAAUUUUGAGAUCUUACAAACAUUUUUUUGGUUGCAAAUGGUUUAGGUACUCUUGGAAGUGUUGAAGGAUUUGUUUAAAUACUUUGGAACUUUGAUAAUGGUUAUAGAUAAUGUUAUAUAUUUGAUAAUAUGUUUCUA